AGAUCAAGACAUUGAAGAAGAUAGCUCCAGCUAGGGUUCACCGUGGACCACUUGAACUUCACCAGGGAUCUUGAGGAGAAAAAGAAUUAAAAAGGAUGAAUUCUGAAGACUGUUCUAUAACAGAGAAUAGCUCUUCACAUCUGGAGAGAGGGCAGAAGGAACAUGGCAGCAUACAUUUUGAGAAGAAUCGUGAAGGAUCCAUCCAAGUUCCUAUCCCUUGGGCUGUGUUUAUAGUGGUCCUCAUCACUUGCUUAAUGAUCACUCUCAUUGCCUUAAAUGUGGGCCAGUACAAUUGCCCAGGGAUAUAUGGGAAGAUGGACUCAUCUGACCACCAUGUUGCUACCUGUGAGAAUGGGUGGAUUUCAUACAAGAGGAAAUGUUACUUUUUCUCCACCACAACCAAGAGUUGGGCCUCAGCCCAAAACUCUUGUUCUGAAGACGCUGCUACUCUUGCUGUUAUUGAUUUGGAAAAGGACAUGAUAUUUCUGAAGCGAUAUGCUGGUGGACUGGAACACUGGAUUAGGCUGAAAAAUGAAGCUAAUCAGACACGGACAUUGGCAAGUGACAAAGAAUUUAACAGCCGGUUCAACUUGACGGGGUCUGAGAGGUGUGUGUCCCUGAACCACACAGACGUUGCUGCUGUGGACUGUGAGGCAAACUUACACUGGGUCUGCAGCAAGCCCUCCAGAUGACAAGGAAGCAUAGAUUUAUAGAUGACUGUGUCAUAGCACCACAGGAAAGCUGCGUGACUGGAUGCUACUCUGUGGCUGAAUUUUCCACAAAUACUGCACAAACCAACUUUACAUCCUCCUGGGACUCCUCCAAGUAGGACUGUGGAACAUGAGGAGGAAGAUCCAGGAAGAUCCCUUGACCAGGAACUGAAAAUGUCACCAACUGACUGGUAAUCACAUCAAGGAUGAGAGGAUGGCCAGGAAGCCUCCUCAUAAAUGCACUUUAUAUUUUAAACCUAGAAUGAAUAAAAAUGUCUAGCUUUAGAGAUACUAUUUAUUGCCGAAUGACUGCGACAGCCAGCGCCUUUCAUGCAUUUGCACUAUUUGGGGAGGGGGGUGUUCAGUAGUAGGAAGAGUUGAAUGUAGAUACAGGAAGAUUUGACUGAUUAAUGAUUUUCUCAUUAAUCAAAAGGCAUUCACAGGUAGACCAAUGCUUAUGAAACCAAGCUUUGCAGUAGUUCCAUCUUUUUACAGACAUUUGCCACAUUAUUUUGUCAAUUGUUUUCCCCCCAAAAUAAGAGCGACCUUUUCUUCAACUUCCUCCUAGUAGACAGCUUAUUUUUUAAUGGUACAUAUUUCUUAGUCUUUCAAACCUCCAUAGGAUAUUUUAAGGAAGAAACAAAAGCACAGCAUAUGAGGAAUAUUUGUAAAGCAGAUUUCAAAGGGCUGGAAAUAAAAGUGCAAUAUGUGUCGUGACAGAUCUCUGUCAGGACACACACACACACACACACACACACACACGCACACGCACACGCACACGCACACGCACACGCACAUGCACACACACACAUACACACCCUGUGGUUUGACCCUAGAGUAACUCUGGUCUUGUCACAUAACCUGCUUGUGUCUUUCCCAGUCCUUUGUCCAAAGUAUUCCCCAUGUGCAAUAAAGUGUUUAUGUAUUUUUCUGUGUUUUAAAACCCACUAUAAAGUUUAAGCUGUUUCUAUGUAUGUGAAAAUAAAAGAAUAGAUACAUGGUU